CGCCACAGAAGCAGGUCCGCCCGCAGCCAUGGCGCUCUCCGUCUCCUCCCUGGCCUCCGCCUUCUCCCACCUCGCCCUCCCCUCCACCUCCACCUCCGCGCCCCACCCGCCCCCGCUCCUCCGCCUCCUCCCCUCCCCGCGCCGCGCGGCCCGCCUCGUCCUCCUCGCCGCCUCCGCGGCCGACGCCCCCGAGCCGGUCGAGGCGCCUGCUGCCGACGAGGGGCCCGAGGAGGUGCUGGCGGUCGAGGCGGAGGAGGACGCGCUCGUCGGGCUCGCCCUGCGCAAGUACGUCAAGCAGCGCCUCCCGGGGGGCUUCGCCGCGCAGCGGAUCACCGCCACGGGCCGCCGCAAGACAGCGUCCGCCCGCGUCGUGCUCCAGGAGGGCUCCGGGAAGGUCUUCAUCAACUUCCGCGACGCCAAGGAAUAUUUGCAAGGAAACCCAAUGUGGAUGGAGUAUUGCAAGGUCCCCCUGGCGACUCUAGGGUUUGAGAACAACUAUGAUGUCUUUGUGAAAGUUCAGGGAGGCGGUCUGUCAGGCCAGGCCCAGGCAAUCUGCCUCGGCGUGGCUCGUGCGUUGCUGAAGAUCAGCCCUGCCAACAGAGUCCCGCUGAGGUCAGAAGGCUUGCUGACAAGAGACACCCGUAUUGUCGAAAGGAAGAAGGCGGGUCUCAGGAAGGCGCGCAAGCGCCCCCAGUUCUCCAAGCGUUAAGGAGGACAAUGCUUCGUUGUUGUUAGAGUCGUUUCAGUGCCAUCUUUCCCCACUUGAAAAAAGCCCUCCUGUGUCAUUGUUCUGUGCUGAACGCCACAGAUUUGUAAUAUUCGUUUUUCUGAAAGCAAUUUUCUUGAGGUUA